AUGGUAUUUUUCACUUUUAAAACAUCGAAAGAUGGAGAGAUCUUUGCUUUCCUCCCCGAUGACUUCACCCGCUCUGAUUUGAUCGGAGCUCUACCAGCGCUCGGUGAUUUAACCAAAUACCGACUUGUAGUCAACGAUCAAGUUCUGUGUUUAAACAACGAAGCCAUCUUUAAUCGACAAAAGCACCUUAUCCUUGACGGUGCCACAAUCAUCCUCUUGAAUCAAGCUACAGGUGGUACAUUUAUUGAAAUAUCUCUUCUCAAAGAAAUGCUCUUAGAAGAUUUAAAAAGCGAAUGGCCCAAAAUCGACCAUACCUUGAGUAUUUGUGAUUUCUGUUUAUGUUUAGAGCUCUGUGGUACGAUACACGGUACCAAGGUAUGUCUCGAUUGUUUUCCGAAUUAUUUAAAGGAAACAAAUUUCGAGUUACGAUGUAAGAAGCAAAUUGUCGAUCGAAAUGAUCUCUAUCGCGUCAGCCAUCGAACAUCUUCCUCCGGUACUGAUUUAGUCCUAUGUAAGCUGACGCCUAGCUCUGACUUACUCAGUGCAGCGAACGCAAAAGAUAAGCCAAGAGACCAAGCCGCUGUAUUUUGUGAAGCCUCCGUGGACUAUCAGAAAUUCUUUAAAACACCGGAAUUUAUCGAUCGAUGGUCAGUUUUAUGCGAUAUGACUGAUUUAUUGAAGAAUAUCGAUUGUCAAAUCUGCUACUGCGGUGCGUUUCUAGUCAAUAUGACAUUACAUGCCAAGCAACAGUGUAGUAACUGCCAGCGUUGGUUGUGCUUCUUCUGCAAUCGAACAUGGGAUAACCAAACUAUGAAAGAUCUUCGUUACACUUGCACGAAUGAAUGUCAAUAUGAGCGAAGAAUUGAAUACGAACUUGUUCCACUAUUGAAUGCUCCAGAAAUAAUGGUGCCCGAUCGACGAUGUUGCCCAAAUUGUUUCCUUGCAGGAGGAUAUGGUACUGCUUGUAAAUACCAUAGUUGUCCCUAUUGUCGGCAUCAAUUUUGUUUUAUGUGCCUUGAGACUGAAGCUGAUUGCAAGACAAAACAUAAAUCAGGUCCCUAUCGGGCAUGCACUGCUGUAAAAAAACAAGACUUUUCAAUAUUUCCUCGACUUCAUAGUUCUUAA